AUGGCCGACCUCGAAAAAACAAUCAUGGAAGUGGACAAGGGGAAAAACAAACCGUUCGUAAAUCAAGUAAAGGCGCAGCUUGACGAAGCUACCCACAUAACAGACAAGCGGAGGAGUCCGGAAGCUAUUAACCAGUCGGCUGAAAGCUGCUCCACAGCGGAAUACUGUGAGAAGCUCCAGGCAUGGAUGUGGCAGUACUACAGUGGAUAUGUGAACUGGCAGAGCUGGCUGUUAGCGUCAGUCCCUCCCUGCUUACAGCAGCCCAGCGGAACGUCCACUGCUCUUGUUUUUAGCGCUCAGAACGGACAAAAUGCUCCCUUUGGUCUGCCACUGUUGCCUUAUCCACCUACUACCAGCUUCCCGAGCAGCCGGGCAGGAGAAACCGCUGCCGGAGCCCCAGCGGCCGCUGGGCAGCAGCGGGAUCAGGGGAAUGCUCAGAGACAGGGUCGAGAGUACAGCAUUCCUUCACCUCUCCAAAGACUUAUGGCAGAGAUUGUGGAUUUCUUCAUAUUGUUUUUCAUAAAAGCAACCAUAAUUAUCAGUAUCAUGCACUUAAGUGGAAUUAAAGACGUUUCCAAAUUCGCCAUGCAUUUCAUCGUGGAGGAAAUUGAUGAAGACACGUCAAUGGAGGAGCUGCAGAAAAUGAUGCUUGUGGCCCUCGUGUAUCGGAUUUUAGUUUGUUUUUAUGAGAUUAUUUGCAUUUGGGGAGCUGGAGGCGCCACUCCGGGGAAAUUCCUCAUCGGACUCAGAGUCGUUACGUGCGAUUCGUCGGUUCUGGUUCAGCCCAAUAGAGUGCUAGUAGUGCCGGCAACUAAUGUUUCCCUGUCAGCGUCGACUGUCCGAGCCUUGAACAAGAACUUCUCCAUAGCUUUCUUUUUCCCAGCCUUUAUCACACUUCUCUUCUUCCAGCACAACAGAACUGUCUACGACAUGGUGGCUGGUACGAUAGUUGUCAAGCGCUCCAGAGUCAGAUGAUGCUGUAAUGAAGGACAGGAAGAGGAUGGAUAAAUGAAAUUUCAAGAGUAAAA